GAUCAGAUUAAGAUUGAAUUUGCUCAUUUAAAAAUGGCGGAUCAAAGACCCAUUAUUCUUUGGUCCCAUCCGAGAUCUCUUUCUACAGUUUUUGAACGACCGUUUCUUCAACGUCCUCAAGAAUUCCAUGUUAUCCAUGAACCAAUUAAUCCAAUUAGUCGUGCUUAUGUGACCAAAAACUUUGAAUUUUUGAAUCAAAUUCCGUUACCUAAACCUACUGAUCCGAUCACUUUUGUAAAUCAUUUCUCUUCUACUCUUAAUGAAAUUCUUGCUCCUCAUUACUAUAAUGAUGAUAAAACACAUACUUUAAGAGUUUUUGUGAAGGAUCAUGCAUCCAAUUUUUUAGAUGCAUUAGAAGGAAAGGAAGAAAAUCCAUUAGGAUCCAAGGAAAUUCUUUCAAAAUUUAAACAUACGUUCAUAAUUAGAAAUCCAGAAAAAUCUGUAAAGUCUUUUUACAAAGCUGCAAAUUCUACAUAUAAAGCUUGGGAUAAAGCCUGUGUACCUAAUUCUGAAAGGUAUGACAUUUUUUUUCCUGAAAAAGUUUGGCUCAAAGAAUCAAGAAUUCUUUACGAUUUAAUUAAGAACAUAACUGGAGAGGAGAUUGUUUUAGUAGAUGCUGAUAAUUUAGUUCAAGAACCAGAGAAAAUUUUGAGAAAAUAUUGUGAGAUGGUCAACGUAGAGUUUAAGAAAGAAAUGCUUGAAUGGAAAGAAGAAAGAUUGAGAAUAUGGGAUUUAAAAUUGUCAAACCCAGAUAUAGAUUAUGUGUGGCAUAAGAAUGUAAUGCAAAGCACAGGAUUUGACAAAUCAAUCAAUAAUGAAGAAGAAAUUGAAUAUCCUCAACAUGUUUAUGACCUAAUUGCUAAAAGCAAACCUCAUUAUGAAUACUUGUUUCAACAUAGAAUUAAGAUUUAG